GAGCGAGGCGUGACCGUACAGAUGUGUUGUUAUUGGGCAGCACAUUUCACACAGCAUCCCGCUGUCCGGAGGUAACUCCGAGCCCCUUCCUUUCACCGGCCUGUCGUGGUCGCCUUCUGCCCGCCGGAGCGCCACCUCGACGCCGCCGAGCAGCGCGCGCACACCGGCAUCAGCGGCGGAGCCCCGAAAUAAGCAGCUAACAGCCAGGAAGUGGAUGAAGCUGAGCGCCAUGCCAAACGAACGCUCCCCUCUCAUCACCUCGGGGGUCUGUGGGCUAACCCUGACCGCAGCGACAUGCGGCGUGGCGUCGGACUCCCCCCAGGACACCAGCUCCGGGAAAGCAGCUCAGGACCCGCGCAGACUGAACACCUUCUUUGGCGUGAUGGUGCCGACCAUCCUCUCCAUGUUCAGCAUCAUAUUGUUUCUGAGGACAGGGUUUGUGGUGGGUCACGCGGGGUUGCUGCAGGGUCUUUUAAUGGUGGUCGUCGCCUACACCAUCAUAUCUCUCACAGUACUGUCAAUCUGUGCCAUUUCCACUAACGGAGCCAUUCAGGGCGGUGGAGCGUAUUACAUGAUCAGCCGCUCUUUGGGACCAGAGUUUGGCGGAAGCAUCGGUUUGAUGUUCUUUCUUGCCAAAGUGUUUGCGUGCGGYGAGUACGUCCUGGGUCUCGUGGAGGCCGUCCUAGAUGUUUUCGGAGCAGAUCCUGAGUCGCAUGUAUCCGGAGGGCUGCGGGUUCUCCCUCAGGGCUACUGGUACACAGUUCUGUACUCCUCUGUGGUGCUCCUGCUCUGUCUCCUCGUGUGCCUGGUGGGCGCCCACAUUUACUCCCGCACGGCCUUCGCCAUCCUGCUGGUGGUCACCGUGUCGCUGCUGUCCGUCUUCAUCAGCUCUGUGGCAGUCAAGCCGAGAGACUUUGUCAUCACCCACGUGGGCCCYGGCAACCAGACGAUCCGCUACAAUGCCAGCUACACGGGUUUCAGCGCCGCCACCCUGAGGAACAAUCUAGGCUCCGGUUACUCUUUGGACUACAGCACCAACUCCGUCAUGUCGUUUGCCACCGUGUUUGCUGUCAUGUUCACCAGCUGCACUGGGAUCAUGGCUGGAGCCAACAUGUCAGGUGAGCUGAAGACUCCGAGUAUUUCCAUCCCUAAAGGCACCAUCAUCGCCGUCUUCUACACCUUCACCGUCUACGUCCUCCUCUUCAUCUUGGUCAGCGCCACAUGCSACAGGACCCUCUUGAUUCAAGACUACGGCUUCCUGCARCGAAUUAACAUCUGGYCGCCAUUUGUCACGAUUGGGAUUUACUGCGCCUCUCUGUCAGCUGCAAUGUGCGCCAUGAUCGGAGCGUCCCGCAUUCUCCACGCUCUUGCUCUGGAUCAUCUCUUUGGGUUGCCGCUGGCCCCGGCAACGGUCACAUCUAACUCUGGGAACCCGUGGGUGGCGGUGCUGUACACCUGGGGCCUGGCACAGUGUGUGGUGUUUGCAGGGCAGCUGAAUGCUGUGGCGAGUCUCGUGACGGUCUUCUACCUACUUGCUUACGCCGCUGUAGAUCUGGCCUGUCUGGCUCUGGAGUGGGCAUCUGCACCAAACUUCAGACCAACCUUUCAGCUCUUCUCGUGGCACACCUGCCUGCUGGGGAUCCUCAGCUGUUUGGUCAUGAUGUUUGUCAUCAAYCCUGUGUAUUCGUCKGGCAGCAUCGUCCUGCUGCUACUGCUGCUGCUUUUCCUCCACUACAGGUCACCCACAAGCAGCUGGGGCUACAUCAGCCAGGCUCUCAUUUUUCACCAGGUGCGGAAGUAUCUGUUGAUGCUGGAUGUGAGGAAAGACCAUGUGAAGUUCUGGAGGCCCCAAGUCCUGCUGAUGGUGUCCAACCCGCGCUCCUCCUSCCAGCUCAUUCUGUUUGUGAACCAGCUGAAGAAGGGCGGACUGUACGUGUUGGGUCAUGUGCAGCUGGGAGAUCUGGACUCCCUGCCAUCGGACCCAGUCCAGACCCAGUACAACUUCUGGCUGAGUCUGGUUGAUAAAUUAGGUGUGAAGGCCUUUGUAGACCUCACUCUGUCUCCUUCAGUCAGACAGGGAACACAGCAUCUGCUGCGCAUCACAGGACUUGGUGGCAUGAAGCCCAACACCCUGAUUCUGGGUUUCUACGACAGCUGCACUCCGGACGAUUUCUUCCUGCAGGACUCUGCCUUCUGCCAUUCAUCUGUGGGAGAAGGCAGUGAGGAGGAAUAUAAUUUUGGGGUGGACCUGCCUUCGCUGCAAGCCCACUUCCCUCCCGUCCGACACGUCGAGAGCCCCCGGUGGCUGUCGCCGGACGAGUACGUCGGCAUUAUUUCCGACGCCAUUAAAAUGAAGAAAAACGUGUGCCUCGGCAGAUACUUCUUCCAGCUGCAGGGAGAAGGCAAAGAUAGCAAAGUGGACGGGUCGGAGCGGACGAUAGACGUGUGGCCUCUCAACCUGCUCCAGCCGGGCAACCAGGACUACCAGGACGUGUGCAGUCUGUUCCUGCUGCAGAUGGCCUGCGUGCUCAACAUGUCAAGCAAGUGGCGUCACGCAAGAAUGAGGAUCUUCUUGAAUGUGGAGACGGGCUCCUCUGACCAGGGCUGGGUGGUCAAUGAAGAGUCGUUUCGGGAGCUGCUGAGGAAGCUGAGAAUCAGGGCGUCCAUCAAGAUUGUGCCGUGGGACUCCGUGGUGCAGCACUAUGCUCUGCCGGAGGGGGAGCGCUGCGAAGAGCCAACGCCAGGUUUAUCCGACGACUUCCUGUCUGCAGUGAACCGCAUGUUGAUGGAGCACAGCUCUCAGGCUGCCGUGCGCUUCCUGUAUUUGCCUCGGCCCCCUGCUGCUCGAAACCAGUCACAGCACUACUUGUCUCAGCUGGAAGCAGUGACCAGAGGUUUAGGACCUACGCUGUUGAUUCAUGGGGUCACCCCGGUCACGUACACUGAUCUCUGAGCACGGUUCGCCUCAUUUGAUGAUGUAAAUAUCACAAUGUCUUAGUUCUCCGUUUACUUAAAGCUAAGUAGUACCAAUUCAGCAUCUACUAUUAUUUAAGAAUGUUAUUCUGCAGUAUUUAUUUGUUUUACCACCUGAAUUUUUCUUUUCUUUGCUCGGGGAAAAAGUCCACAUUCAAGUAGCACUUGAAGUUUAAUAGGAGACAUUCCUACUUUAUAUACUUGAAAUGGCUUUGUGCUUAAGCCAGCAUAUUUGUGGUCAUACGUUUUCUUGAUAGAACUUCUUUGCAAAACUGUGUCUCCAACGGACCACCGAGAGAAAUAAACAUGUCAAAACACAA